AUGACCCGACUAUCCAUCCCAUUAUUAUCCCUUGCUAUCAGCACAUCGGCGUCCUUUUUGUCCCAGCUACCGAUAACAUCUGGAACUGGUGAACUUCCGUUUGGAGGCUCUGAAGUCAGGGUACUCACCCACGAAUCUCAUCCAGAUCACAGUCUCAUAAUCACGGCUCAUAACGUCAAUGAUCCUUCCAUCAAAGAUGAUCGGCCAAGCAUAACCGAUGUGUGCCCAGGAGCAACAUCUGGUUAUACAGGAUAUCUUACAUCAGGCCCCAAGCAUUUCUACUUUGCCUACUUUGAGUCGCGCUCGGACCCCACUUCCGAUCCCCUCGUUCUGUGGCUCAAUGGAGGGCCUGGGUGUUCAAGUAUGGUUGGUCUCUUCAUGGAACUAGGACCGUGCAUUGUCAAUGAAGGAGGAGAUUCGGCCAGGGAGAAUGUCAACAGUUGGAUCAACAAAGCAAAUGUAUUUUUCCUGGACCAGCCAAUCGGAGUUGGGUUUUCUUAUUCUUCGAACCAUUCUGCCCCUGGUGGUCAGGGUGGCACGUUUGCAGCAAGUGAGGAUGUCUACGCCUUCAUGAGACUGUGGUACAAAGCAUUUCCUGAGUCAAAGUCACUGCCUUUCUCAAUCGCAGGCGAAAGUUACGGAGGGCAUUACAUCCCAGUCUUUGCGGAUCAUAUCGACAAAAUGAACAAAAUCUCUACCCUCGAUGACCAAAUUCCCCUGGAAUCCGUGCUUAUCGGCAACGGCAUCUUCAGCGAUGUCAAACAAAGAAGUUCUUCUUACGACAUCUCAUGUACCAAUGCCACAGGAAUUGGUCCCCUUCUCGCGGAAGACGUCUGCGGUAAGAUGGCCAAGGCGGUGGGGAGAUGCGAGUAUUUACUAUCUGCUUGUCACGACUAUCCGGAUCCCUUAGUAUGUGAAGCUGCGUCCAAUUAUUGCAGCAAGGAACUCGACAGCCCGUACUUCAGGUCUGGACGAAACUACUACGAUGUCAGCAAACCUUGUGAGGGGUAUUUAUGUUAUCCUAUCAUGAACUCAAUCACCAAGUUCUUAAGAACCGAGAAAGUCCGCGGCGCAUUGGGAGUUGACAAAGAAGCGCCACCAUUUGAGGGAUGCAGCAACAAGGUUGGCGAUGAGUUCGUAAAAGUCAAUGACUACAUCAUCGACACUCGACCUUACGUUGCUUCCCUGCUCCACUCUGGAAUUCGAGCUAUGAUCUAUGUCGGCACUUAUGAUUGGAUCUGCAACUUUGUAGGCAAUGAGCGAGUCUUCGGCUCGCUGAAAUGGAAUGGCAUGCCUGAUUUCCGUUAUCAGCAGGAGAACAACAAGCAAGUCUGGAGCGGCGGUUUGUGGUGGGAGAGUGGCUUAUUGAGAUAUGUGAGGAUUAACGGGGCUGGGCAUAUGGUUCCUUGGGACAAACCGGCGGAGGCGUUACAUUUGUUUACGGCUUGGUUGGAUAAUAAGGGUCUGAAGUAG